GCCUGAUUCUUGAUUACCUCUGAACCCGCUGUCACGCACGAAGCUGCCACAAACAGUGCACCGCCAUGCGGCGGAAAUCCUGGGAACAUUGCCGCGGCAGCACUCCGGCCGUGGACAACGCCCGCCCCAGGCGCGUGCAGACGAGUUCGCCGCGCGGCGCGGGGGCUAGACUCGUGCGGGAGAACUCGGCUGCACAGGACGCACAGGCAGGGCCCAGCCGUCGGUGGUAGAGA